AUGAACGGCUGGGUGAGACAUAAAGAACCGACUAGCUUCAAAUGUUGUCUGUUACGUUCAUCUUCUAAUGGGACACUGGUGGACGAUGUUAAAACGGAAGUCAGGUCAUACACUUAUAACAUCUAUACUCAAUGGAUCGUGGAACGGCAGAACGCUGAGUUUUCCUGUUCUGUGUCCAGUACGCAAAUUACUGCAAUCGGAAAGGCUAAUUUCAGCUACGUGACUUUCGCUAAAGACUCAUGUCUGAAGGCUCCUGUCGUAGUCUUGCCAAUACUAUACCCUCAGCCAGUGCCCAACUCCGUCUGUGUCUGUCUGAAAAUCACGUAUGGAAAUUUGAAGCCGGAAAAAGUGAUUGAGUGGUUCGAGUAUACGCGACACAUGGGCACCACUAAAGUGUUUACUUACUAUGCUGAAGUAACAACUCCAGUGUUGAAAAUACUGCAGUACUAUCAGAGUAUCGGAUUUCUAGAAAUGUUGCCGUUGGAGCCAGUGGUGUCCGCAGAUGGCCAGAAAAUAUCGAUAGCGAAACCAACAUUUCCGCAGCAAGCAUGGGUGGAUGAAGUCAUGGCAGCCAAUGACUGUAAGCACAGGAUGGCCAAGUAUGACUUUAUCAUCAUCAUGGAUAUGGAUGAGAUCAUUGUGCCACAAGGAAACAUGACUUCCUAUUUUGACAUAUUACAGGCAGCAUCGCUGAAAAUGCCUGAUGUGUGCGGUUUUAGUUUUGACGCUCAUGUGGUGGCGUUGACCUGGGGAGCUACUAGAUCGUCGCCAUUAUUGAUCUUCAGAUACACAAACAGAACAGACUUUGUCAACUAUGAUGGUGCAGACAGAAAUACAAGAUGGGCAUUCCGUCCAAAAAUGACUUACUGGGUGCAGAAUAACCUUAUCCAUUGUCGAGAUUCCUUGAAAAUAUCGCCAAUCCCAAAUGACACGUAUACACUUCUCCAUUAUCGAUCAUGCAAGGCGCAGUGGACAGGCUGCACUGAAAAAACACGAGUGACGGACACUAGCAUUUUGAAGCAUGAACUGCCGCUGAUAGAUCAGAUUCUGGCGAUGCCACUGAGAGACCUUGUGUCGGAUUACGAUACAUAUAUUUCUGCUUUGACUGACUGGAAGAGAAAUAUUACACACAAAAGAUGA